UCAAUGUAAGUAGGCCACUCAUUCCCAAUGUAAUCAGUGACAGCAUAAAUGCAUGCAUCGUCUUUCUUUAAUUUUAAUUGCAGGUCUCUCGCUGGGCAUCAUGAGAGCCCAUCACAUUGCUAUUUAUGCUGCCACUCAUCAUUGCCCCUCCUCCUCGAGCACCUUUUGGCUUCCUUCUCCCUCCAUGGAAGAAGAGUUACUCCUCCAAGAAUGUGAAGCUAACACCUGUUCUUCUUCUUCUUCUUCUUCCUCCACCAUCACCUCCUCCUCAUCCUCGUCCUCCUUGUCCUCCAUGGCCACCUCUUGCUGCCCCAAUGCCUCACCGGAACUACCUGGUCAAAGCUCGAACAAGGAGAAGAAGACGUCUAAGAGUGGAUCCAAGAGACGGGCUCAGGCUGCUCCUGCUGGUGGUGGGGGUGGAGCCGAGAAGCGAAGCAAGGAUGGGAAGCAUCCGGUGUACCGUGGCGUUCGAAUGCGGAAUUGGGGUAAGUGGGUGUCGGAGAUCCGGGAGCCGAGGAAGAAGUCGCGGAUCUGGCUGGGGACGUUCCCGACGGCGGAGAUGGCGGCCCGGGCGCACGACGUGGCGGCGCUGGCCAUCAAGGGCCAGUCCGCGCACCUCAAUUUCCCAGAAUUGGCCGCCGAGCUGCCGCGGCCGGCCACCGCGGCUCCCAAGGACGUCCAGGCCGCGGCAGCCCUCGCCGCCGCGGCCACAUUCUGUGGGCCAUGCACGACCUCCCAGUGCUCGGCCCCGGACCAGGCCGAGCAGCCGGACCCCACGACGCCGCCGAGCGGCGACGACGACGCGCUCUUUGACCUGCCAGAUCUCUUCCUCGGCCUAAGAGAAGGAUUCUGCUACUCCUCCUCGUCUUCUUCUUCUGCAUGGCUGCCCUCCACGGAGGAAGACGGCGUCGAGUUCCGAAUCGAAGAACCAUUCCUUUGGGAAGACAAUUAACCUGCGCAACCCAAUGCAUGCAUGCAUCCAUCCAUAUCCCUUCUGUCCACCUCCAAUGGCGUGAGCAACGGAAGCAACACGUGCACCGUCCACCAUGAGCUUCCUCCUCAACUGCAACUGGAAAGCAGAGUCCAAAUCCACAAGCUCUGCAACUCUUCUACCUGAAUUACUCAUCCGCUCUGCACGAUCGAAUGGUCAAACAACAAUAAUGAGGCAGGAACACAUGUUUACUUUCUUGCAUCACAAGUUAGUCUGCGAUGGCAGGCAGGCAUCGAUAUGAGUGUGAAUAAGCUUUGAAUUCAUGUGUGUGUGAAUAAAGAACAGGAUUCAAAGGCGA